AUGGGUCAGUCGGUCCUAAGAGAUGGGCGAACGUCGUUCGGAAGGGAGGGGCGAUGGCCUCCGUCGCCCCCGGCCGAUCGAAAGAGAGUCGGGUUCAGAUCCCCGAAUCCGGAGUGGCGGAGAUGGGCACCGCGAGGCGUCCAGUGCGGUAACGCGACCGAUCCCGGAGAAGCUGGUGGUAGCCCCGGGGAGAGUUCUCUUUUCUUUGUGAAGGGCAGGGCGCCCUGGAAUGGGUUCGCCCCGAGAGAGGGGCCCAAGCCCUGGAAAGCGUCGCGGUUCCGGCGGCGUCCGCCCAGUGGGAAAGGAAAGCGUCUCCCUGAAGUCUACUGCAUCGUCAGCCACCUGGGAUGCUUCCAACUCUUCUCCAAGGUCCUGGAUGAGGUGGAGAGGAGGAGAGCCCUGUCUCCAGCCCUGGUCCAGCCCUUCAUGAGGGCCAUUAUGGAAGGUCCAUUUCCUGCUCCUGGCAGACCCAUCACCAUUAAAACCUUCCUGCCUGGAUCUGGUACUGAGGUAAUGGAGCUAUGUCGUCCGUCUGACUCUCGUCUGGAGCAUGUGGACUUUGAGUGUCUCUUCUCCUGUCUGAGUCUGCGUCUGCUACUCAGGGUCUUUGGUUCUCGCCUGCUGGAACGUAGGGUCAUCUUCACUGCAGACAAACUCAGUACUCUGUCUCAGUGCUGCCAUGCGGUGGUGGCUCUACUCUACCCGUUCACCUGGCAGCACACCUACCUCCCCGUACUGCCCCCUGCCAUGCUGGACAUAGUGUGUACCCCCACCCCCUUCAUCGUAGGGCUGCUGUCCAGCUCCCUCCCUCAGCUCACAGAGCUACCCCUAGAGGAGGUGCUGGUGGUUGACCUUGGAAACAGUCGCUUCCUCAGACAGCUGGAUGAUGAGGACUCUAUCCUGCCUUCUAAACUCCAGUCAGCCCUAGAGACAGUCCUGGAGAGGAGGAGAGAACUGGCGUCAGAGCGAGGAGGAGACGGUCCUAAUGACUCUGGCCACCUCAGCACCGUUGUGUCCGAGGCCUUUGUGCGUUUCUUUGUAGAACUCGUCAGCCACUAUCCGGUCUUUAUCACCCACAGGGAGGUUGAGGCCUCCUCCCCCAUCCCCUCUUCCUUCCAACGCGAGUCCUUCCGUAAGUCUGUCUCGUCUAGGAGUCUGAGGCAGUUCCUGGAGGUCUUCAUGGAGACACAGAUGUUUGGACUGUUCAUCCAGGAGAGAGAGCACCACAGACAGCCACUGAGAGGACUGUUUGAGGUGAGGUUGCAUGAGUAUUUGAACUCAAUUCAUGGUAAUGAGCAUCGCAGGGUUAACAAGUUCCUCAAAGGACUGGGAAAUAAAAUGAAAUUCCUGUCCAAAAAGUGAUCCCCUCUCGACAGAUAAUCUGUUAAACCAGUAGCCUACAGCCAGAUGAAGAUGGGACUGGACACAUUAAUGACUGAAGAACCAAGAGACCGACUGACAAUGAGUUUGUUGUGACUGAGGCCAUGUCUAGACUUGACAGUUAAUGCAGUUUUUGUAUUCUGAUCAUGGAGUUCUGAUCAUGGAAUUUCGAAUAAAUAAUUACAUUUUAUAUCAUUGUAUUUAACCAGGGAAAAACGGAUUGAGACCUAGGUCUCAUUUGCAAAUGUGCCCUGGUAACAAUGCAGAAAUAAAAUUAUACACUAUUUAAAACACCAAAUUUAAUAAAUAGAAAAUAUUAUAUAAACAAUCAAACAAAAACAAACACAUUUAUAUAUAAAAAUCCCCAGCCUUUCUCCUAAAUUGACCCAGAGACAACAGCACAUUCAAAUGAUUAUUCCACA